CUGCUUGGAAUCACUUGAGCUGUUUCUGCCAUCCUUUUAAGGAAGCAAGCUGUAAUGACCACUGCAGCAAUCCGGCAGGCUUCUGCCAUCACACAUAUAUGUAGAUCAGAUCACAAAGCCAUGGAGGUGGCCUGGAUUUUGUGCUGUGGAUAUAUAUACAGCUCUCACAGUCCCUGAGCUCAGUCUCAUCUCUGCUUGCUUCACUUAGAACAGAGAUGGGUGCUCUGCAUCUUUUUCUUGUGCUCCUUUCCUGCUACAUCAGUGUUCUCAAGGCUCAGUUUCUUGAUGGAUUCCUUGCCAAUGGCAACUUCGAGACCGGCCCGAGGGAAGACGAGCUCAACAAGACUGUCAUCAUGGGGAAGAAAUCCCUCCCCAGAUGGACCAUCCGGGGCCAUGUCGAGUACGUCUCCGGCGGCCCGCAGCCAGGCGGCAUGUACUUCACCGUGCCCCACGGCGUCCAUGCCGUUCGACUCGGCAACGACGCCUCCGUCUCCCAGGACAUCACCGUCAAGCCAGGCACCCUCUACUCCCUCACUUUCAGCGCCACCAGGACCUGCGCCCAGGAUGAGGUGCUGAGGGUUUCGGUGCCGCCGCUCUCCGGAGGCCUCCCGAUUCAGACUCUUUACAGCAGCACCGGUGGCGAUACCUACGCCUGGGGCUUCAUACCGACCAAGACAACGGUGCAGGUGAUCUUCCACAACGUCGGGAUUGAGGAAGACCCAGCGUGUGGACCGCUCUUGGACGCUGUGGCCAUCAAGGAGCUCUUCCCUCCGAUGCCUACGAGAGACAACCUGGUUAAGAAUGGCGGCUUCGAAGAAGGGCCUCAUGUCUUCCAAAACUCCACAACCGGCGUCCUCCUUCCUCCCAAGCAGGAAGACCGCACAUCUCCCCUCCCUGGCUGGAUCAUCGAAUCCCUCAAGGCCGUCAGGUUCAUCGACGCAGAGCAUCACGCCGUCCCGUUCGGGCAGUUCGCGGUGGAGCUCAUCGCAGGAAGGGAAAGCGCCAUCGCGCAGGUUAUCAGGACCAUCAGCAACAGGGUCUACGAACUCAGCUUUGUGGUGGGCGAUGCGAAGAACGGUUGCCAUGGUUCGAUGAUGGUGGAAGCUUUCGCAGGCAAUGGGACGGUGAAGGCGCGAUUCCACUCUCAGGGAAAAGGUGGACACCAAGCUGCAAGCUUGAGGUUUAUGGCACUGGCGAACAGGACUCGGAUCACAUUCUACGCUGCGUACUACCACAUCAGCGUCAGCAAUCCCGGAUCUCUCUGCGGGCCUGUGUUGGAUCAAGUUAGGGUUUACCCUAUCAAGGCCUGAGCCAUACGGAUGUUGAGGGGAAACAGCAAAGGCUGCAGGUUACUUGCAUGUAGCUUCUGGCUUCUACGUCCUCAAUGAUGGUUUGGCCACAUCAUUGGAGUAUCAGCUUAAAUCUUCUAGUUAGAUGUGUGACAACGGAGGAUGAGGCUAGUUAAUGAUAUACUGAAAUCUAAAUCAUGUAUCUUUGAUUUCUUCCUGGUAACUUUCACAUUAUGAUCUCAAUUAUGUACAUUUACAUUAUCUUGCAGUAGUGUUUCAAAGUAUAAGGAUCAUCACUGAUGUUAA